AUGGAGGCCAUGGAGACCAAAAUAUGCAUACAUAUCGCGACCGAUCGCGAGACUAAUGAACCAAUAUCCAAAUCAAUCACAGAUCUCCCCCCGGAGCUUGUCGCCCCAAUAUGUUCUUACCUCAGUAUUGAUGACCUUGUCCGCACCAUGCGAACCUGCAAGUACCUCCACGCUGUUGGAUCUGCCCAGCUACCCAAAACAAUUAAUUGUGAACUCCAGUCCCUAUUCUCAUUCAUCAGCCGGAGUCGCUAUAGGACGAGUUCUCGCGAUCCUAUCAAAUUAACCUGGCGAAAUGACGAUCUUUUGGCAAAUGCGGAGGAGGAAGACUCGAACGCUAGAAGUGAUGUCUUGCUUGGUUCUUUGUUGAAAGCUGUGAAGAGACAGUUGGCGAAGCCGGAUUUACCUAGGGUUUCGCUUGUACCGCAUAUUAUAUCUUUCGACGGGGAAGGUAAGUGUUUUGAUAUUUUCUGGGACGUUCUUAUCUUCCUGAAUAAAAGGGACGACAAACCGAAGAAGAAGAAGAAGAAGAAGAAGAAGAAGAAGAAGAAGAAGAAGAAGAAGAAGAAGAAGAAGAAACGAUUCUCAUUUUGUCGCUCUGUCACUAACAUCAUAAACUUCUAG